CAUAUACGGGUACCUAUACGGGUACCGCUCUUUCACCUUACCCCUCAGUUUCAGUACCGCCAUCGUUCACACCUUUCAAGACUGCAGCCUAGUUUCGAACGCUGGGCAUAGUUCUUUCCCACAAAAAGGCGUAGUGUAAACCGAUUUUAUUCCUCCGUUACGAAUCACGGUGCGAAAUUCACUUGAUUGGUGAUCACAGAACAAGCAUGGAGGCGCUAGAGUCGGAGCUAACGUGCCCGAUGUGUUUGGACCUGUUUGACUCACCCCUGCAGCUGCCCUGUCUGCACAACUUGUGCAGGCAGUGCGCCCAAGACUUGGAGUCCUACUCUAAGAAGACGGACGGGACGGCGGAAGUAUCAGCGGGGAAGGCAGAACCUCCAGGACAACCGAAGAGUGAGGACAAACUCACCUGUCCCACCUGUCGGAGGGAGGUGCCAUUGGAUGAGAGAGGUGUUGCCGGCCUGAGCAGAAACAUGGUGCUGCAGAACAUCGUGGACAGGUUCAGGGAAGCCAGGGACAGGGAGAAACACGACGCCGAGCCGCCAUGUCAGCUGUGUGAAGGUGACCCCCGCCCUGCCGUGAAGGUGUGUGUGAACUGUGACAGCCUGGCGUACUGUGAGGACUGCCUGUCCACCUUCCACCCCGCCCGGGGCCCGCUCGCCAAACACACCCUGAUCCCGCCCGGACAGCGGCCAGGCAACGCCGAACCUAAAGUCGUCAUGUGCGCUGAACAUGCGGACGAGAAGGUGAACCUGUACUGUAAGGCUGAUGAAAUGCCUGUGUGCGCCCUCUGUAAACUUGUGGGGAAACACCAGGGCCAUGAGGUGGCUGCACUGUCGGAUGCCUAUAAGGAAAAGAGGGAUGUUCUCAUACAGGAAGUCUCCGCUUUGAAGGACAGGAACAAGGAAAUCAGCCAGUGUGUGACGGACAUGCGCGAAACCUGUGUCAAAGUACAGGAGCAAAACCAGACAUGGCAGGACAGACUUGUGCAGGGAAUCGCACGGCUUUUGAAGAUCCUUGAAGAGCGGAAGGACUUCCUUGCACAGGCAAUUUCUGAGGAAGAAGAGGAAAAACUGAAGUUGUUGAAGGAAGAGAUAGCCAAGAAGGAGGAGCAUCUUCAGAAGGCACAGGCAGUCGUGGCGUAUGUGGAGGAAGUCCUGAAGGAGAAUGACCAGGCUUGCUUUCUUCAGGCAGUGAAAUCUAUCAGAGAGAGAGUAGAGAAGAGCCAUAACAGAGACCCUCUGACCGCUCCAACCGACUGGGUGUUCAAAGGGCUUGACUUUAGCGGGGCGGCGAAGGAGUUGAAGGCGAUAGAUCUGAGUGAACUCACCACGGCUUGGCACCAAUGUGUGCAGGAACUGUCCGCUUCAUCUUUUUUCACACAGUAUAACGAGCAGUACGACCAGUACAAUCAAUACGGUGGCUAUCGAUAUGGUGGCUACCAAAAUCAGCAGCAAUAUAUCUGUUACAACGCAAACAACCUGAUUGACGGCAGGACAGACACAUACUGGUGUAGCAACAGCGGCCAUGGGACCCAGCACUGGUUGUGGCUGAAGCUGAUGCCUGGAGUCCAUGCCAGGAGCUUCCGCCUAACCCUCGUCCCCCAACCACCAGGCAUGUGGACGGAGAACCACAGGCCGGAGAAAGUCACCGCGCUGACCGGGGACGACGUCAACAACAUGGCUGCCCUGGAGACGGUGCACAUUGGUAGGGAACAGCGCGAAAUCACCCUCAACAUUGAUGCAGAAAAGCCGUGUCUUAAGUUGAUGUUCGAAAUGAAGACCCCUUCAGACUGCAUCGUCAGUCAACUCAGCAUCAUCGCCUCCAAGCGGAAAGCAGAGGAAGCACAGUUCAAAUACUACUAAGCUGCUGAGUCAAGAUUUUGUAUCAUGGGAGAUGACGUAAAUGGAAAGUGUUGGGCAGAAUUUGUCGAUGAGCAGCACUGUAUUUGUGUCUUCCUUUAAACAUUUGUUGUGCAUUUUUGGUGUUUCUCAAGACAUUUUGAGGUUUCUCUAAUCGCCGUAAUGAACAAUGUGUGUUGGAGAAUCCGGAAUAUCAGAGUCGAUAAGUCAUUUAAAACGGGUCAAGAUGUAUUCUGUCAUUAAAAAAAAAAUAGAACAUGGAUUAAACAACUGAUUUAAAAUGCAUAUGUAACAUAAGCUGGUAUAUAUAUCACAGAAUGACGUAAAUCAAUAUACCGUUCAUUGAAAAUACUUCCUGCCAUUUGGAGGAGAGAAGGGCCUAAUGUAUAGUUUUUUUUUGUCUGGUUGUUUGUUUGUUUGUUUGUUCAGUUUAAUCUACUAUAUAUAGGUAUUUAUAUAUUGUGUUACCCUUGGUUGCAAAGGGUUAUGUGAACCAACGUUUGGACUGUGUUGCUGACUGUUAUGGGUUUACUGACGUUGCAUUUAAGUGUUACUCUGUUUUGAUGUGUUUAAAACAUUUACCUGACAGGAA